AUGCCGACCCCCGCAUGCUUAACUGCUACCACCACCACGCAGCCUUUGGCCACCACCGAUCCGCUCCCUAGCCCUCUGCCGUCGAGCCGGCUCGCAUCAGCGAUGACCGAGAAGCUCGAUAGCCCAGCAGUCAACUCGGGUCGGCCCUAUGUGGUGCUUCCGCCCACUCUUGCUCAACUCGUUGAAGACCGCUUCGACGAGGACCAGUAUGAGCAGGCCGUGGCUCUCCUCGAGCAGGUCCUGACGCAAGGCUUGAGGCCAUCUGCCAAGACCAUUCAGAGAUUGAUGGCUCUCAGUCUCUGCUCGCUCGCUCCUGGUCAGCUUGCAUCCACCUCCAGAUGGACCCUGGAUGACCACCUCCACGAUAUCGCUUCGGGUCUGUAUGCCCACACCAAGCGCAAUAACGGCGAAAAACGUGACCUCAAGAAUGCCGCUUCCUCUACCUCCGAAGGUCCCCCUCCCGAGGCUGUAGUCAAGGCGACAUCGCUGCUCCACGAGUACGCCAGCGCAGCCGCAGCACAACCUUCAUCCGGUCAAGGCAGCUCCAGCCAGCUCAGAGAGGACCGCACAUUACCACUGACCGCGCAUCAAAUUCUCGAGUCGCUUCCGUCUCGCAGGAAGCCGUUGUCGUCUUCUCGCAGUGGCUCUCCCAGGCCCUCGCGACAAACACGCCGAGGCUCUGUGCCAUCCGACGGCAGCGGCAGAGAUGAAUCCUUCGAGCAAAGCUCCGUCGAGCGCUGGAUCUCCGAGCAUCUGUUACAAGCCGAGGAUAUCUGGGACCUCCUCUGUGGUCGACAAUUCUCAGCUGCAACGACUUCCAAGAGCGCUUCGUUGACGUACGUGUACGAGUUCUGGAUGAACGCAUCACAGCGCAAACGAUUCCUCAGGCAGCUGCAGAGUGCCGAUCCUAAGACCCACCGACUCGAGGACAAGCUUCGAGAGCUCCAACGCAAGAAGAAAACUGGUGAGAAGAUGGAGUCGCUAUCCUCAGAUAGCGAUCAAGACUCCGAUUCCGACGACGACUUGCCCUCGCUUUCUAUCCCCGGUCGCGGCAAAAAGGGGCCGGCCUCACCCAAAGGACGUCGAGGUCUCAGCACUGCCUCUCCUUCUCCUAAAAAGCGCCCGCGCACAGACAAACCUUCAACAUCACAACGAGAUGACGACGAGACAGGGCAAAACCAGCUGCAGAUGACCGAAGGUGCGUGGCGGACACUUGCCGCGCUCGUCGCCCUCUGGGAGCGAACCACUCCACUAGCUUUACCGACCGACGACGGCCAAGAUUCUGCAUCCAAGAACAGCAAGCCACCCCUCCUAUGGCAAUUCCCUCGCAGCCAUCUCGCCAGGAAGGGACCGCGCGGGCCCAAUCCACACGACGCCACCGACGACAUUGACCGCGCUCUGGACCUCGCAUUCUCGUUCCCACGCAUCCUGCCCGCAUUCACGCCGCCCUCGGCAGAGAGCGGAAACGAUUACGGUCUCUUUGACAAGGCCGCAUCGAACCAAUCCCACGGUCAUAAACGCCUCCUCUCUUCAGUCCCACAAGCAGAGCUCAUGCAGCGCCAGACAAUCGGCGAGCAAAGGCAGCAGCAGUGGAUGGCCGCGCGGGCCGAGACUGCGGCUCGGCUGCUAUCGCUGAUGUAUCAAUUGGUCAAGCAGGGGUACAUCCAGUCUGGUGUCUUCACGGAAGGAGUCUCGGACCGGCUUGAGGCUCUGGAUGCCGUCGAGAUCCAGUACAUCAUACUGCCGCUGCUACGUCGACAGCCCUCAGCCGUGGCCAGCGUGCUCGCUAGCCACCUGGAGGAUUUUGCAAAGGACCCGGCAGGGUCGAAGAAGCGAACGGCAUCCUCUACGAUCCCGAUUCGAAUCGGCGACGGUGUCAGCUUGGACUUGGACUUGGCUCUUGCACAGGUGUUGCCCGAGGAAGAGGCUGCGGCGUCGCGCCUGCGGAGGUGCUUGACGCGAGACCAGAGUGGUGAUGCCAAAGCCUUGCAGGCGUUCCUGUCGCUCAACCGGCUCGAACUGGACGCCUCGGCAAACACUAGCAGCCCGCUCUCGUUCCCCGACAAGGCUGCGGGAGGCGAAAGCGAGGUGGUGCGAAAGCAAGCAUCGAAAACGGCACGGGUAGUGACGAUUUCGCGCGUCAAGGGCCGGCCUACCACUGCGACCGCCAAGGACACCAGCGGCGGCACGAACGACGCUUUGACAAACGACAUGAAGAAGGGGGGAAUCGUCGCAUUUGCCUUUGUGCGCAUCCUGCAGAUGCAAGAUCGGGACCGCAUCAACCAGAUCAAGUUCCUGCUUGCUCGAUCGUUGGCAAGUGCGCAGACGAGCUCUCGUGCAUCCUCCGGUUCCGACAAGGCGGAGGAAAGCGGCAGCACAUCUCGAGAGGCAGCUGUGGCAGUGCAGCCGCGCGAUGUACGAUCGUUCCUGUCGCGACUCAUCAAGGCGUUCGAGCGCGACGCCGACGAGAUGGAGCAGUGCCUCUCCGCCAUGGACACGCACGUCGACAGCCAGGCUGAUUCUCGACGGACCAAGUCAGAGACGCAGGACAUCGGUGCGAUGCAACUGCCGACCUUGCAGUCGCUCAUCAAUCGCGGCUUCAAGUGUCUUGAGGCGACGCAGACGUUGGCCCAUUCGACCCGUGUGUUGCGCGAGUGCCUUGCCUCGGAUUGA